CACAUUGACAGAGAGUACAACAAUGCCGUGGAAAGAUACAUAGCUAUAGCUGUGACAGCGAAAGUGGGCAACGUUCUUGAUACUUAUGCUGUGCAGAGUGUUGCUAAGCUGUCGCGAGAAGUUGACGAUAUUGAUAGGGUCUUCUAUAAUUAUGACUACGGGAGCAUAAGCGAUCAAGAAGCUGGUAACUUGUGGUACUACUUUCACGAUCGGACUUGGAACAAGACGCAUUUUCCAAAAUCGCUGGACUAUGUAGACACGAUGAAUGCCUACUACAAUGCUGCUUUGAAACUGCUCAGGGAACAAACGAAUCAUACGCUUGUUCAACAUAUGUUCCCUCUUCUCGAUAAGAAUCCAUGGAACGAAAGUGAAAACAUCCUUUUACAUGGUGGCUUAAGCACUACUAUGAGAACAGCUGCUUAUCAAGACUUACCUGCAUUUCUGGCGAAUCUAUCACCUCAUGAUAAUGUUGCACAGAAUAUCGCCGAUGGGAAAGGAGUCUUUGGCUUCAAAGAAGCGCAAGUGAUAACAGCCUUUUUGGAGCAAGUGCGAGAUGAUUUUCGAAAUGGAGUGGAACCGGCUACAGGUGAAGACAUGGAAGAAUAUCUAGCAACUCAGCUGGUUCCUGCGUAUAAGUUUAUCGAGGUAUUACUUGAAACGACUGUAUUCUUUUUCGCUCUCUUU